ACCUUCCCCAACCACGACCCCGCCACCAACAGCAGCCUGCAACACUACUCUAGACUGGUCCCCUGCCAAUGCAUGCCCGCCGCCUCCCGCGGACAGCUCCGUCUCCGUCUUCGUCCCCUCUGCACAUCAUUAUCAAUCACUGGCAGGCCGUGCCACUUGCUCUCGCAACCUUCCAUCGCUCACCACAUCGCUACACAUUCGCUAACAGGUACCGUCUGCCUCGUCUCGUCGCACACAGCUCCAUUCGAAAGCCUUAGCCAGCUCGCCCACCUACCCACAUCCCAUCCCCAUAGAAACCAUGGACGAUCAGUUCAACGGCCGCACCGAUGACGACCUCUUCGCCGAUGAUUUCGAGCCCGCCGAGGCCCAGGCUGUCGCCGCUCCUCCGCCAGCCACUCAGACUCCUGCGCAACCUGCGACGCCGCCUGUAGCUGCGCAGGAACAAGCAGCGAAGCCUGCGCAGCCCGUCAAGGACAAUGGAGCUACCGCUCCCAAAGCACCCAAGGACGGCCUCAGCCAGUCGCGACACGCCACUCCAGUCAAGCAACGACCUCCUCGAAACCGCAAGAACUCGCCAAAGUCGGCGCCGCCCAAGAAUAAUAACAACAACAAUAACAAGCAGGCGAAACCUUCCGAGGCAAAGCCGGCUCCUCCCACAGAUGCCGAGACGUCGACACCUCCACCCAACCCCGGCAAACCCAGCUCAACAGAUGCUGAAGCGGCUGCCUCCUCGCCUGCUACCGCUUCCGCAAAGCCUGCAGCCAACAAGGGUGGCUCGAACACAGCUUCCGUCGACCGUCUCGGUUCCGGCCAGAACCCGCGUACCAAGCUGUCGGACAAGGAGCUCGCAGACAAGAUGGAGCGCAUGCGGCUUGCUGCCGCCGAGCGCACGCGCAAGUUCGAGCAGGCCGAGAACGACUCGCGUUCCCAUGCCGUCGCGUACGAGAAGGGCAUGGAGGAACUGCGCAAGCGAAGGGCGGAGGAAGCAGAGCGGCGAAAGCGCAGCGAGGAAGAACGGCGCCGCAUGGACGACGAGCGCGAGCGCAACCGGGAGCGCAAGAUGCGAGCUAUGAGCGCCAAGAACCCCGGGGCGAACUGGGAUGAAGGCAAGGACGCUCGCAUGGCCGAGGAGGAGGCGCAUGAUCGCCGUAGUAGAGGAUUCAGAGGCGCGCAUGGCGGUGCCCGUGGCGCUAGAGGCUUGGGCGGCAGCCGGUUCUCCGACCGCGACGGCUCAGAUAACCCGUCAAAGGAGCUGUUCGAGGCCGACGAUUCUCGUGGCGGCACGGGUCGUGGGCGCGGUGGUCGCGGACGGGGAGAUCGCGGUGCUGGACGGGGUGGUCGUGGAGGAAGGGGCGGCGCACAGAACGGCUCCCGGUCAGAGAACCCACAGAAGCCUCCAUCAGCGGAUGACUUCCCAGCACUGCCCGGUGGUGACAAGGCGGCGACGAAACCAGAUGCUGCAAAGGCGGAACAACCCGACAAGAAGGACUUCCCCAGCCUACCACCAGUCGAACUCAACUCGCCGCCAGUGGGCAGGUGGGACGAAGAGGUCGAGUACGCGGAGGCCGCAGCUGCCGCGAUUGCGAAGGCGCCGGCAACUUCAUAGUGUGCUUGUGGCGGCGGCGUGUGCAGCGGCGCGUGCGGCCGCCGGAAUAGCAGCUGUGCGCCAAGCGACUGCGGCUCGAGCUCGACAUGGGAGCAGGAUAGCUGGGUCUGGCCCAACUCCUGUUAUCAUGCAUGCACCGGACGCAACCAUCUCGCAUCUUUGCGGCGGACGAAGAGCGCAAGGGAGCGUUAUUGAAUGGAAAGCCGGGGUCAAGAGUGGCAAGGCAUGAGAAAGGGGCAGCAGGGGCAGGGCAUAGGAAGUUUUCAACAACAUGAGAUACCACAAAAAGCAGCACGGGCGGAAGAAACAUUGUUAACGUUAUCAGCG